GGUUACUUAUUCUGAUGACAAUGGAGGUACGCGCUGGAGUCGUUUUGGCUGCUCUCUGUCUGUCUCUGUUUUCGUACUGUUGCUCUGCCGCUUGCCUCAUAUCUCCUCAGAACAUACUUAAUGGGGCAGUAGGUGGAGAAAUCACAUUUAAUUUGUCAAUUGAUCCAGUCGAUCAAACGACGAAAACUGGAACCUGGACAUUUGGUACGAAACCUGUUGUGACCUGGACGGAGUCAAAUAUGAUUUAUACAAAGGAUUAUAUAGGAAGAGUCGAGGUGUCCCGCGCCACUGGCACUCUUAAAUUUAAUAAGCUGUUUGCUACUGACUCUGGAGAAUACACAGUGACGAUUACAACAGCUCCGUCUAUGCUCAAUCUAAAUGGAAGAGUUGAGUUAAAAGUGUAUGAACCUGUUUCUAAUGUCAAGAUAACGGCCAAACCUGGACAGCCAAUAGAAAACAAGACUUUCUCUCUGACCUGUGAUGCAUCUGGACAGGUGGAUUCAAUACAUUGGGUAAAGAACGAUCAGCCACUCUCUCCAUCUGGCCACAUCAUCUUGUCUGCAGACAGUAAAACACUGUCUUUUAAUCAUGUACUGCGGUCAGAUGAUGGUGAUUAUAAGUGUACAUCAUCCACCCCAGCCAGCAAGAUGAGCAGUGAAGUAUAUACACUGAUUGUCAGCUGGUAUUCCAGUUUGAGUCUCACCACUCCCACAUGCCCCAUUUUUGGAUGGGUAGGCAGCGAUGUCACAUUAAACUUUUCACUUAAUCCUUCAAAUGCCGUGUUACAGGCGGUGACCUGGACGGUAAACAAUACUAACAAUGUGGUGACUUGUGUGAGUGGUGCAAUUUCAUACGGACAGGGCUAUGAAGGGAGAGCCCAUCUGAACACAAUGACGGGAUCUCUGUCGCUCUUCAGACUGACACUACGGGACUCGGGACAGUACAGCGUGAACAUCAUAACUACUGAGGGAGAGGCUGUGAGUGGAAGUGUCACACUUCAAGUGUUAGGUAGGUAAAGUACAGUUUUAUGU